AGUAUGUUGGCCUUAACGAUAGUUAUGUUGCUGCUAUUGAUAACCAGGAAAUCAUUGGGUUUGGUCAAUCCCCUAUACACUGAAUAUUAUGCAAAUUAUCGAAAUUAUCCAGAUGAUGAUAAGUUAAACUACAAAUUCCACUACUUCAUCGAUCAUCCGCCCAGCAAAGUUCACAUGAUGCACUUGGAGGAACGUCAAGGUGACAGAGUGAUGGGUCAAUAUGGCCUACUGGAGCCCAAUGGCAUGGUGCGUAUGGUCCAUUAUCAAGUAGUGGGCGACAGUGGUUUCCAAAGUGUGGUACAGACUCGAACACCACACAGUACAACACACAUACGCCUGACAAAUCGAAAGCAACCCAAACUGCCGAUAAUAUUGCAACAACCAGUGGCAUCUGUUAUAUGAUUUU